AUGAGUAAACCUGAAUCUGCCGGAUUUAUUAUAUUUCGUCGAUUGGAACAAAAUCCUAUUGAAUAUUUAUUAUUACAAACACCUAUCGGUAAACAACAUUGGACGCCACCAAAAGGUCAUUUGGAAGCUGAUGAAUCGCCAUUACAAGCAGCUGAACGUGAAACAAAAGAAGAAGCUGGCUUAGAGAAAAGUGAUUUUGAGUACUAUGAUAAAUUUGAGGAAACAAUUACAUAUGAUUGUAAUGGGCGACCAAAAAUUGUUGCUUAUUACCUCGGCCGUUUACGGAAUGCUGAACAAAGUAUUCAGUUAUCUGAUGAACAUCACAAUUUGUGCUGGUCAACUUUAGAAGAUGCAUGUCGCAUAGCUAAUCAUAGCGAAACGCAAAAUGUAAUAAGAAAAGCAGAUGAAUUUAUACAGAAGAAUCUAUAA